AUGACCCUCGAACAUCAUCUGCCCAUCCUAGAGGAAGAUUGGAAUGGUACGGCUGUCAAUCGCAGCUGGCGGUGGGGUGAUCCGACAGGGAGUACGGUAACGCUGCCUAGCGAAGAGGACACGCAAGCUGGUGGUUCUGGCAAGUCGGCUGGCAACGUAAAGCAGCAGAAACGACGAAGUAGUCGUCUUCGCGGUAUCAGGGACAUGCUCAAGUCACUGAAGAAGAGCUACUCUGAAGGCGCUCCGCCGCUAACUAUCGUUCCAUCAUCGUCCAUUUCAGUUUCGACAAGCACUGAUUCGUCGCUCAAUAAAGGCCCGAGGGAGUUCCGCCCGCAGUCGCUGGUUCAACGUCGGCGCGCAAAGACGAGUACGGGGCCGGAUUCCAUGGCUUCUACGCGCGAGCGGGACCGGCAUCCCAACUCGCCUUAUGUCACCUCCGCCUCGUUCUCGCAUCGCUCGUCACCGCGCCGUCCGUCCCUGGCAUCUAUUUUCAGGAUCGGGCAGAAAAGCAAGCAACCAUCGUCAACCGCGACUGAACAGUCGGCAGAGGAUCUGAAGAUGCCAGGUCCCAGUCCCUCCAGCAGUGCUUCCGGAGCGGGGCGUUCACCUGGUUUCGCAGAGGAAGAGGACUGGGAUAGGAUUGACUCCGUGACGGAUCUGCAGCGCGUGCUCGGCCCCUCGGAGGGCACGGCUACGGUCCGUGGCAAGAAGGGUCGUUCGCCGUACCUUAUGCAACACCAACGCGAACCGGUCCCCGAGACCCCACGGCGAUCGCCCUCCGCCUCUCAGUCGUCCAUCAUCAGCGCAGAGAGAUCCUCCUCCCGACUGCAGUCUGUGUUGUCUUCUCCCGGUACACGCUUGCGCCACCUCGCUGAGGCUUCUACCGGUCACCACUCGCGUCCACCAUCCCGCGGGAGAGAGCGGCCAAGCCGGAGCCCUAAGCGUCCGCCGUCUCGAAGCCAGAAGGGCGAUCAGUCCGGCUCUGUGCGGUCGGCGCCACCUCAAACCCUCCUAGAUCAUAGCCCGGAUAUGUCAGCCGGUGUUCUGCCAGAGACCCGGCUGGCCAUGACCCCAGAGAACAUAAAACCGCUACUUGAGAAUGCACGAGAGGUGCACGCUCGUUGCAGCGAGUGUAUCCUUGAGCUGAGAUCUCUACUUGCAAUUGUUAACUUAGCGCCCCCUUGA